AACAAAAUAACAUGACUAACAUGGCGCCGCCCAGUAACGGGCAGCUUUUAUUUAUAAUUUUAUUAGUUAUAAAUUUUAUAAGUGGUAUUUUAGGGCAAUUCGACAAUUAUCCACGGUAUCCGACAGAGUUUCCACAGAAUGUCCAAAAUCCUUACAACAUUUACGGCCCACAACUACCUUACAAUCCGUACCCAAAUGAUUAUAGGGCAACUUAUAUUUACAAAGGGAGAAGAUAUGGGCAAAAUUACCACCCAAACUAUUAUGAUCAAAGUAGGCCAGGAGAUCCCAGGAUAAGAGGACAAGAUGAAAGAUUUACAUAUGACAGGGCUGGCAAUGCUGAGCCAAUUUUACCCGGCAUAUUGGGCGGUUGGAGGGAAGAUUUACAAGGCAAACGACGCGAACAAACCAGAGAGAAACUCAGGGAUGUGUUCGUGCAAACAACGCACGGGAGUGUCCAAGGAUUUCAAGUGUACUUAUUCGAUAACCCGAAUCCCGAUUCGAUUUACAGACCAGGCACUGAAUUCAUCGAAAGACAGCAAGGCAUUGCCUCUGCCUUUUUGGGGAUUCCCUACGCCCAGCCGCCUGUAUACGAAGGCAGAUUUAAACCUCCACGACCCCAUCGUGGUUGGAAUAUAAUGCAAGCGGUGGAUUUCGGACCCGCUUGUCCGCAGCCUGCUAAGUACACUGGAGCUACUUUAGGUAUUAGAGACGUCGAUGAAGAUUGCCUUUAUCUCAAUGUUUUCACCCCCGACAUUACUGAAGGAACCGGCCACAAGUACCCCGUGAUGGUCUACAUUCACGGCGGGGAUUUCAUUCACGGAGCAUCCAACACGUUCCCUGGUCAUAUUCUAGCCACUUUCUAUAAAGUAGUGGUCGUUACGAUUAACUACCGUUUGGGGGCUUUGGGUUUCCUGAGCACGGGCGACGUAAAUUCCCCCGGGAAUUAUGGUAUUUUAGACCAAGCGAUGGCUUUGCGAUGGGUGUACGACAACGCGGAGAGUUUCAACGGGGACAAAUACAGUUUAACGUUGUUUGGACCCGGGGCCGGGGCUGCUUCUGCGGGGCUGUUAAUGGCGGCCCCUCAAACUAGUCACAUGGUUACUAAAGUAAUUGCUCAGAGUGGCGCGGCUGUGGCGGAUUGGGCGAUGAUUUUCGAUAGAUACAGAGCCCAAAAUACCAGCAGAGUGUUCGGUAGACAAAUAGGUUGUAGUAUAGAGUCUUCGUGGAAGUUGGUGAACUGCCUUAAAAAUUCAAGGAGUGCCUUCGAAAUAGGAAACGCCGAAUUUCCUCCUGAAGUGGGUUUGUUCCCUUGGGCGCCAGUAGUAGAAAUGAACGUUUCAAUGCCACACUACGAGGGUUGGGAUGAAAAAGAUUGGCAUUUUAUCGACGAGAGCGUUGAAAGUCUAAUUAAAAAGAGAUCGUUUAACGCAGGAUUGAAAUAUAUGGCUGGUGUCACCUUGCAAGAAGCAGCAGGAUUUAUCACUGCAAAUAAAAGUUUGGAACCAAAUUUCAUCGUAACGCAAGAAUUUUUCGAUCAAAAAGUCAAAGAACUGGUGUUGAGGUAUAAUUACACGUUAAAUCCGCAUGGGAUAUUCGAUGCUAUUAAAUACAUGUACACCUAUUGGCCAGAUCCUAACAACGUGACUCACAUAAGGGAUGAGUAUAUACACAUGCUAUCCGACUUCUUGUACACCGCUCCCAACGAUAAAAUGGUGAAACUGCUAAUAGAACAAAACGUUCCGGUUUACAUGUACGUUUUGAACACCACAAUCGAAUCGUUCAAUUAUCCAGAGUGGAGGAAAACGCCGCACGAUAUAGAGCAUUACCUGCUCUGCGGCGCUCCGUUUUUGGACACCGAAAUGCUCCCGUCCAAAGAACGAUUCGUCAGAGACCAGUGGACCAGAAACGACAGGAACAUGAGCCACUUCUUCAUGAAGGCUUACAGUAACUUCGCGAAGUACGGGAAUCCCACGUACACGCAAAUAUUGGGAUUGCAUUUCGAGGAGUCGCAGCACGGGCAGCUGAAGUAUUUGAAUAUAAAUACGACGUACAAUUCGUCGAUAAUGUGGAACUUCAGGCAGACCGAAUCGGCUUUUUGGUCGAUUUAUGUACCUACUUUAGUCGGUCACCUUUUGCCUACGUAUCCUCCCACAACUGAGUUCUGGUGGGAACCUAGGGCUCCAUUGCAAAUCGCCUUUUGGAGUAUUUCGGGCGUUUGUCUCCUGUUGAUUGUUCUAUUGGUCAUUUGCUGCAUGCUUUGGAGGAACGCAAAGAGGUCAUCAGACAGAUACUACAAUACAUUUUUGUACCCACCUGACAACGACACGGACAACGAAGGUAUAGAAAAUACCCGUGGACACGACGUUAACGAAUACAUAGAAAAAUAUGAAUCCCGCAUGUUGCCUCCUCGUUCUAAUAGUGCCUCGUCUUUCAACACCGUCUCCAUGAAAGAAAUUCAGUCAUUUGUAAAUAACGCUCCGAACGGAGAAAUGGUGCCUCCUCGGAAGGGCACACCCAGCCUACCGGCUAAAGUGAAGAAACCACAGGCAGUGCCUUUGAAUGUGCCUCAAACGGACGUGUAAGCAGUACUCUGAUGAGGUUUAGAAAAUGCUUAUUGUCCGGUCGACACUAAAUUUUACCCAAAUUAUUUCCGUUAGGAUAGGUUUUUAAAUUAUUUAUAUACAAGUUGAUUUUUGUUUGCUAACUGUGUUAGCAAGUUGAUUCAGUAUCUAAAGAGGGUUUUCUUUAGAGGGAACAAGAACAAAGCAUUCCAGGUGCAAAACGUUAAUUAGGAUUUUCGAAACCAAGUUAAGUAAUAUUUAAAAUAAAAUUUCUGUAUCUGUGAUUUGAGAAACUGAUCAAUCCGUCCUUUUAAAAUGGUUAUGUAUUACUUAAACAUCGGUUGCUAAAUUUGACUGAAGCUUUGCCUUUAUAAAUACGCCUAUACAUUUUUAUAUAGUUUUCUAUUUUAUUUAAUUUCUUUAAUUAAAUGACUUAUAAUAGGGGUAUUCUUAGUUUUAGAGAGUACUGAUGAUCAUAAAUACCCGUAUUAUAUGUUGAAUUAAGAUCAAAAUACGAGACAAAUUAAUGUGUUCAAUAUUAUUAAGCAAUCACACAAAAUAAAAAUACCAUAGUAUCACAUAGAAUUUAAGUAAUGUAAUGUUAUUCGCAUUUUGAAACAUUCCAAAUUUUUAUAUCUAUAAUUCUAAUAAGAAUCUAUUAUUUAAAUCCGCUAAGAAUGUAGUGGCAUGUAGAACAGUGUCUUUUUCAUUAAAAAACAAUUUAUUACAA